CGCAAGGAGUAGAGCGUCAGCGACGUCUCCAAACGCACAUCAAACUUUCACUGGCGCUCCCGAGGAUGAUCUGAAGGAGGCCUUUCCGAAGUUGCAGACGGUGGGAUUUUGAAAGGAAGAUGACAUUGGAGACAACGGCAUCUUCUCUUUGGCACAAACAGGCCGUUUAACCUCGUAAUUUAAUUUCCAUCCAGUCCAGCCAUCCCACGGUCUAUUGAAAGGUGAGGAUGGAGCGCGCACCCAGCGCCCCAAGUCCUCCUCCCAAAGCGGCCCAGCACGAACCCAUCAGCUUCGGUAUCGACCAGAUACUCAGUAGCGGUGCUGACUCAGAGACCGGCCGGACCAGCAGCAGAUACGGUUCGGAUACAAGCAGUGGAGACGGUUACCGUUUGGGAAGCCCAACUGGAGGGAACGCUGCCUCCUACACUGCGCUGUCCAUCUCCCUCUCCGGCAUGGUACCACAGUUAGACGAUCCUGGUUUGUACGGAGUGAACUGUAGCCUGGGCAGCAGAGGAGUGAUCCGGGUGCCUGCUCACAGACCGUUGACUACCUCGGGGCCGCCGCACUUGAUGAGCGCUGUACCCGGGUAUGGAGGCCUGUGUUACCCGUGGGUCGGGAAUAGGUUCGCCAAGGAAAGGUUAUCAGCUCUCGUGCCAUUCACGGUGACCCGGCGAAUAGGUCAUCCAUACCAGAACCGUACGCCGCCCAAACGGAAAAAGCCUCGGACAUCGUUCUCUCGUGUGCAGAUUUGUGAGUUGGAGAAGCGCUUCCACCGGCAGAAGUACCUCGCGAGCGCCGAGCGGGCCACCCUUGCCAAGAGCCUGAAGAUGACGGAUGCGCAAGUCAAGACCUGGUUCCAGAACCGACGGACCAAAUGGAGGAGACAGACAGCGGAGGAAAGGGAGGCUGAGCGUCAACAGGCCAAUCGGCUGAUCCUGCAACUGCAGACCGACGCCCUCCACAAGUCCCUCGGCGAAUCAGCAGGCUCCGACCCACUGUGCUCACAUAACUCCUCCCUGUACGCCCUGCAGAAUAUGCAGCCCUGGGCCGAGGAGAGGGAGUAGGAGGAAGACUCCCCCAACCGCUGUUCCAGGGUCACACAUUUGUUUAUCCGUCCAAUUGGGGUGAUCUGAUCUGAUCCUAGAUUAUUUGUUGGUGCCAAAAUGGAGGGUAUGGACAGUGUGAUGCCACUUUGAGACUGUGUAGAGACUAGGCGCCUGAUAGGACCACACCCUCAACCUGAAUGAAUGACUGCACUGUCGACAUUACACAAGCACCCUUACCAGUUUCAACAAGUGUUUUUACCCCUAUCUGGCCUUAUGUUACAUUCCACACUGUGACUCUAUGGCUAAAGACUGAGGUUGUAGACUAAAAUUGACAGGGAAGGAUAGGAGGAGGAGUGUGUGUAAGGUAGAGGGAUAGAUAGAGGAGUGUAGGAGAGAGGGAGGAAGAGGGGGAGAGAGAGGGAGGAAUUCCUAUGAGGAUGUAAAUGUUUCAUAAUUUGUACUUGGGAUGUAUACAUAUGUAAAUAACGAUAUAAACUCUUCACUU